GGUCAUUCUUCUUCGUCUCCCUCCCUUUCAAUUUCAUUGACGAACCUACGAAAGGUCUUUUCUAGUUUAGUCACUUCACCUCUACGGCUACUGCCAUGGCGGCUUCAUUCUCUUCCACUGCUCCCACGAAACCGGUUCUUCAAUUCAGAGCGAACUACUCCAAGUCUCUCCUCUCUCUCCCAGAUUCGUGUUUGAGGAUAAUCGCUUCGGCGAGAUGUCCCUCUGCACGCUUAAUUGCGUGUUCGUUAAAGACCGACAAGCUUCCGCUCGGGGCUGGCGUCAGUCUCUCCGUUGGCCCCGUUGUCAAGCGAUUGGUGAUAAGGUCUGCUACUAUUGAAGAAAUAGAAGCAGAGAAGUCUGCUAUUGAGACUGAUGUUAAAUCAAAGAUGGAGAAGACCAUUGAAACGCUUCGGACGAGUUUCAACUCCAUAAGGACAGGGAGAGCCAAUGCAGCAAUGCUUGACAAGAUUGAGGUGGAAUACUAUGGCAGUCCAGUAAGUUUGAAAAGCAUUGCCCAAAUCAGUACCCCCGAUGGGAGUUCUCUUUUGCUGCAACCAUAUGACAAAUCCAGCUUGAAGGCUAUAGAGAAGGCUAUUGUGAAUUCUGAUCUUGGAGUGACCCCUAAUAACGAUGGAGAUGUCAUUCGACUGUCCUUGCCUCCCCUCACAUCUGACAGAAGAAAGGAACUAUCUAAGGUUGUUGCAAAACAGUCUGAAGAAGGGAAGGUUGCACUGAGGAACAUUAGGAGAGAUGCCUUGAAAUCUUAUGAUAAACUCGAAAAGGAGAAGAAGCUCUCAGAAGACAAUGUGAAGGAUUUGUCAAGUGAUUUGCAGAAACUAAUUGAUGUAUACAUGAAGAAGAUAGAGGAGCUCUACAAACAGAAAGAGAAGGAAUUGAUGAAGGUGUGACCAUAAUGGUUGUUAGGGGAGGAGACAUAAUUCUACAAUCUGGUAAAAUCCUUUACUAUUUUCUCUGUGUUUCUUGGGGUACAAGAAUGUCUUUUGGGAAUUGAGAGCAACUUUGUUUAAGUCACUAUUUUCGGUUGCAAAAAUUUUAGAAGAAGCCUCUGAUAUUUUGUUUCUUUAUUAAAGGAUCCUCUUUGUA